CUCACACACAAUUUUAUUGAGGAAGGCAAGUUGCGAGGACGUAGAAAAAAAGUGUUGUGAGAUAAAAUCUAAUCAAAAUGUAAAUUUGAGACCACGAAAUUCGUAUCUUGUGUGUAAGAAAUACAGUGAUAAUUGUAAAAUUAAAGAACCGUGCACAAUUGGAAUUAAAAGAGUUUGUUUCUCUGAUAAUAUCAACUCCUGAGAGAGAGAGAGACUUUUUUUUCUCGCGUGCCUCGUGGGGAGAAGAUUUUAAAGCGGCUCGUCGGCACAACUUUUUUUGGAUGUUCUCAUCCGGGGAAAAUUGACAUUAAUUUAAUUUAAUUGUUGCUGUUAAACGUCAUUGAAGGCCAUCAAUUUAAAGAACCUUUAGAACAAAAGAGGUCACAAAAAUGGCGCAAACAUUCGCGCAUUCUAUUAUAGUAACAAAUGUGACGAGUGAUGGGCCACGUUUGAAAAUAUGGGGUGUUUGUGAAAAAGAGAAAUAUUCAUAUAUCGAGACAUUAAUUGCAGAGUUAGGCAAUGAAUUUAUGCAACGUCAAGGUCUUGGACCGCAAAAUGCUUUAUCGUCGGAGACGACGUGUUGCGUGAAAUAUCGUGGAAAAUUCGUUCGUGCAAAAAUCACUAACAUCCAUCGAAAUGGGGUUAUUGUACUUUUAAUUGACAGUGGAGUUACUGACAUUGUACCAGUAGAGGUAGUUAAAUUAUUGUAUCCAAAUUCGAAAGAGGAAGAUUAUUUAAUUAAGUGUCCUCCUUUGGCUAAUGAAUUUACAUUGGCGAAUGUUUUGUCGGUGAAUGAAAAAUGGGAUGUCAGAACUGUUGAAACUAUUCGAAUUUUGGUUAAGGACAAAGAAUUGUCAGUAUCGAAAUUUGAAAAGUUCAAUUCGUGUUAUCUUGUGAAGCUGGUGCUUGGAGAACAUGAUAUUGGUAAUUUACUUGUCAACAAAGGAAUGGCAAAAAUGACAACGUUAGACGAUAUGUUCAAGCCACAAAUGUAUCCGCAACAACAGACCUAUAAGAUGCCAAUGGUUCCACACCAACAGCAGAUGCCUGUGACGCAAAUGCCAAUAAGCGGCUAUCCCUGCGAGCAACGAGUAAUGCAUCCACAACACGCGAAUAUGAUGCCAGUGCAACAAAACAUGAACACGGUCAAUUUGCAUUACGCUCGUCAACAACCUGGUUAUGCUUAUCAACAGCAGCAGCAGCAUCAACAACAACCACCUCCUCAUGUUCAUCAAUCAGCGCCUAUUCAUCAAACGAAAAUUUCCCCCCGAAAACCAAAAGUCCACGAAGACGACGAUGAAGACUCACGAUCUGAUAUUUUUGAAUUUAGAACUCGUCUGGUACAAGUUGGAAUGAAAUAUCCAGCUCACGUGUCCUGCGUCGAAGAUGGACCUAUUAAAUUUUCAGUUCAACUCGAGGAGAAUAGAGAACAAUUGGUGUCACUCAUGACAGAACUUCAAGCACAUACACCAUCGCCAUUGAAAGGACCUCUCCUCCCUGGAUCAGUGUGUUUAGCUCGUCUCAAAGAAGAACGAAGUCUUUGUCGUGCCGUUGUCAUGUCAACUUUUGAUACACGUGUGAAAAUUUAUUUUGUCGAUUUUGGUAAUACCGAUUAUGUGCAAUACACUGAUAUCUAUAGAUUACCACCGAGAUUCAUUAAACCAAAGGUACUGUCAAUACGAAUUUGUCUACCUGGUCUCAGGGAAAUGAACAUCACCGAAGAGGUGAAGAAUUAUUUUGUUAAUUUAGUUUAUGGCAAGAAAGUUGAAUUACACGUUUGUGAACCAGACGGGCCAUUUUUGAUACAAUACGGCGAUAUUUUCCUCUGUGGGCAAAAUGUUAAAGAUUAUUUGAAAAACAGAUUUCCGGAUAUUUCGUCAGUCACUUAUGGACAUAUACCGGCGUUAACCGAUGGAACGAAAGAAAUUGUCUUCGUCUCGCACACUGUUUCUUGCUCGAAAUUUUUCAUUCAACUCGAGAAGAAUGCUUCUGAUUUGGAGAAAAUGAUGGAUAAUAUUAACGAAUAUGCAAUAACUGCUCCACAAUUGAAGAAAAUUGACAUCAAUUCACUUUGCAUUGCUCCCUAUGAAGUUGAUGAAAGAUGGUACAGAGUAAAAAUUCUGAAGUCAGUUGGAGACAAAGUGAAUGUACUCUACGUUGAUUAUGGCAAUGAGGAAACCGUAAAUGUGAAUCAACUUCGAACAAUCAGUAAGGAUUUAGUGACACAAAUGCCCUCUCAAGCAAUGUUAUGCGUAUUGAAUGGUUUUCAAAGUCGAAAUUCUAAACCAGAAUUUGAUUCUGCAUUCGAGACACUAACUAAUGACAAACGUCUACAAAUGACAGUGAAAAAUGCCCAAAAGACAUGUUUAGUUGUCGAUUUAUUCGACCUGUCGACAACACCAAUGAAGAACAUCCUAAUGGAAAUUAAUCAAAUGCAAAUCGAAUCAAAACCUGUCGAUAAUGUCGCAGGUAAAAAAUCGAAUGAAGUCGAAAAAACACCACCUCAAAAUCAUCAGAGAGACGAGGCGAAUGUAUCAACGCAAAGCAAUACUACGAAUCCAUUCCGAGCGAAUAGUGAUGAUAAUUCGAGAAACAGAACAAAAUCGUGGAAGGACGAUCACAAUGAACAAAGGCAUGACAAUCGUUAUCAGCAGCGCGACGAUAGUGAUCGCAAUGGAAAAAGUGGCAAUUUCAAUCGCGAUGGACCCAAUAGAUCGUUUAAUCGAGAUGGAGGUGGUAAUAAUCCAUUUGGUCGCAGUGGCGAUGAUGAUGGAAAUAAAAAGGACGGAGAGAGUAGUCAUUUCAAUCGCGAUGCUAGAAACGAGAGAUUUAAUAAUCGCGAUUCAGCCAAUAAUUCCUUUGAGCGAGAUGGAGGAAAUGAUCGUUUCAAUCGAGACGGGGGAAAUGAUCGGUUUAAUCGUGACGGAGGAAAUGAUCGUUACAAUCGAGAUGGGGGAAAUGAUCGCUUCAAUCGAACUGGUGGGAACGAUCGCUUCAACAAAGAUGGAAACGAUCGAUUCAAUCGAGACAGGGGAAACGAUCGCUUUAACAGAGACGGAGGAAACGAUCGUUUUAAUAAAGAUGGAAACGAUCGGUUCAACAAGGAUGGAAAUGAUCGCUUCAACAAGGACGGAAACGAUCGAUUUAAUCGAGAUGGAGGAAACGAUCGUUUUAAUCGAAGUGCAGGAAAUGAUCGUUUUAAUAAAGAUGGAGCAAAACCGGACAGAAAUUUCCGAGAUGGAGGCAGAUUUAAUCAAUAUUCUCAGCACGACGACAGAACUGGAGGAAAUAAAUUCUCUAAGAGUUAUGCAAGCGAUAAUGAAUCUACGUCUUCUAAAGGAAGCGGCAAACGUGGAGAGAAAGGCGGCGGCUUCCAGAGGAAAAAUGACAGGGACUUCAAAUCUAAUCAGUUCAAUAAAUUUGGAAACGACAAUGAUGGAUUCAAACCCAGGAAUCAUGAUGACAACAACAGAUUUAAUUCUAAGCCAAAGUACGGUCGUGAUAAUUCUUCUAAUGAGCCUAAGGAAAUCAAUUUCGACGAACCCAUCGAUUUUUCCAAAUCGAAAACAUUAGAAUUUGCCUUACCGUCGAUUAUUCCUGGAAAUAAACAAAGAGGUGAAAUAAUCUAUCUCAGUAAUCUCUCAAAUUUCUUCGUUCAUCUCAUACCCGACAAUGAAAAACUCGAAGAACUCAUGGAGAAAAUUGCCGUUAUCUACGAAAGUGGAGGUGUUGUUUUGGACAAAUCAAAAGUGAAAUUAAACAUUCCCUGCAUAGCUCAAUACGCCGACGAUGAGAGAUGGUAUCGAGCGGUAAUUCAAAAAAUCGACGGCACCAAUGCAACGGUUCUAUUUGUCGACUAUGGAAAUGUCGAGGUUGUUUGUUUCAAUAAAUUGAAAGAAAUUCGCGAUGAAUUUACAUCAUUGCCAAUUCAAGCAGUUCCUUGUAAAUUGUUUGGACCGGAGAAAACCGAAUGGACAGAGGAGGAAAUUAACGAUUUCAGCGAUAUAGUGAAUGGGAAAUUGUUGGAAAUUGAAUUUAUUGGGAAAGAUCAAGAUACUUUCAAAGUUCUUCUACGCGAGGUUAUUGAUGAGACGGCGAAGAAGGAAAUUAUCAAUUCGACUUUUUGUCCUGGAGUUGAUUUGACGAAGUCAAAGGAAAAUACGAGUGUGACUAAAAUUACGAAUGUGAGUCAACAAAAGAUUGAUUUUGCCUCAUUUGACAGCAAAUGGGUUGAUGAGCGAGUCAAGCCUGGAACAAAGGACACUGUUAUUGUCACAUGGUUUGAUAAUACCGAUAGUUUCUACUGCCAGUCCGUAACAAAGCAGAAAGAAUUUAGACCAAUGAUGGAGGAAAUCCAGAAAGUUUACUCAGGACGAAAAACUAUUAACGAGACACUUAAGCCCGGUUGUCCAGUGAUGGCAAUUUUCGCUCAAGAUGAUGCUCUCUAUCGAGCAGAAAUCAUUGAGAUUAAGGGCAAUCGAAGUUAUCUGGUUCAAUAUGUUGAUUUUGGAAACAAGGCAACUGUAGAACAGCGUCAGUUGUAUCCAGUGGAGAAGAGAUUUAUGAUUAUUCCCAAGCAGGGCAUUCGAUGUUCGUUGAAGGACAUUUUUCCUGUAGACGGUGGCUCUUGGACGAAUCGUAAUUCUCAGGGCGUGGAGCAAUAUUUGUAUGAUGAAGGUGAAUUCGAGUGCACCUAUCACGAAGAAAAGGAUAACAAAUAUUUGAUUUCAUUGAGUCACAAUAAAAUCGACGUCGUCAAAGCUUUAGUUGAAAAGAACCACGCCAUGUUUAGUACACCAGCUUCCGCUCCAAAAUCUAUUGAGCCAGAAAAAGUAACGACAGAAGAACCCAGCUGUGAUAUUUCGAGACUGGAUAUAGAACUACUUCCAGGGCAAACUUUACGCGUUAAAGUUUCCAGCGUGGAAAGCGUUUCUAAAUUUCAUAUUCAAUUCUCUUCGGCAAAUUAUUGCGAUGAGGCCAUUUCAUCCUACAUGGAAAAUAAUGACCCAAAGGUGAUGCCACAAUUAUCAAGCCAUGAGAUGUGCCUUGGCGCGGGUUGUCUUAUAUUUAAGGAUGGAUUUUGGAGGCGUGCUGUUAUCGUAAACUGUCGUGAAAAACAAAGUUUCGAUGUCAAACUUAUUGAUACUGGAGCGUAUGACAAGAUAUCGCUGGAUCGAGUACUCGCUCUUCCUAGUCAAUUGGCUGUAAUGCAGAAUCAAGCAAUCGAGUGUGCUCUUCAUAAUGUCAAUCCAUCCCCAACUCUAGACGAAAGACUGAAGAAAUUGGUGCUAAACCAAGAAGUAAUUAUUUACGUUGAAAGUGUCGACAAGAACAGACUUAUCGUCGAAUUGUACGACUCAAUAGGAUGUAAAAUUCAAUUCAACGACAACAAUCCAGAUGUAAAAAUUCCUCCAGUCUGUCCAAUGCCAAUUUUAAGUUCAACACAUAAAGUAAGCGUUUCAUGCGCAAAUCAUUCAAACAGUUUAUGGCUACAAAUGGCGUCCGAUGCCAAGAAAGACGAGAAGCUCAAUCGCGAAUUGAGUGAAUUUUAUGCGAAGAAGGGCGAAAUAGCUGACGCUGUAGAAAACAAAUUGUGCGUCAUCGAAAGCAGUGGAACCUUCUCUCGUGCCAAAAUUAUCAAAAAGACUGACGAUAGACAAGUUUUUGUCAACUUAAUAGAUUAUGGAAUGAACGAAAAUAUCGCCUGUGAUAAAUUAAAAGUACUCGAACCUAGUUUUCACGUUCCACAUCAACUGGCAAUCCAUGUUUCUCUAAAUGUCACCCUGGACGGUUCUCCUUCCGAACAAGUAAAUGCUUUGAAACCACAUCUUAUUGGCAAGGAAUUUACAGCGAUUUUCUAUAAUGUUCGAAAGAAAUGGGUUGUCGAGUUGAUUGAAAAUGGUGUUAAAUUGAGUGAGACUUUGAAGGAACUUAAUUUGGUUAAGGAAGUCACGGAAGUUGAUAGUGGAGUGAAGAUUCCCGGAGGGGAAAGAUUUAAAUGUCACGUUUCUCAUGCGGAUUCGCCGGCGCAAUUUUGGAUACAACGAGACGACGAGAUUAGUCAACUGAAGGAGCUGCAGAGCGAAUUACAAAGAUCGGUGGCCUCUUAUCAAGCGGUGGAUAAAGUUUUGGAAGAAGGUUCCCUCUGUGCUGUUUGUUCCGAUAAUGUUUGGUACCGAGCGGAAAUUAUCGACGCUGAUGAGGAAAUUACCACCGCCCGGUUUAUCGACUACGGAAAAACGGAUAUUAUUUCAACUAAACCGGAGAAUUUGAAACAACUUUCGGAUUCGAUGAAAGGGAAAAAGGUGUUUGGAAUAAAGUGUAGGUUGGACGUUCUGCCUAUUGAUUCAGAAGAAUGGAGUGACGCGAUUUGCAAAUGGAUGCAGAGUUUAAAAACCCUGAAUUUAGAGGCUGGUUUGAUUGUCGAUGGAGUUCCGAAGCGGAUCGAUUUGUACAUUGACGGAAAGAGUGUCAUCGAUAGGCUGGUCGAGGAAGGCAAGGCUGUGAAAAUGCAUCAGGAUGAUGAACUAGUGGAAGAACUCGUUGACGUUGAACUUGAUCCACGAUCCGCUUUCAUAAGUCACAUCAAUUCGCUCAGUGAUUUCUACAUACAGGAGGAGAAAUCAGUUUCUAAUCUCGAGAAAAUUCAGGAUCGAUUCCUAGUCGCUGAUAUGUUGCCGAAAGUUACGGAUGUCAAGGAGGGGACGCUUUGUGUGGCUAAAUUUACCGAUGGCGAUUGGUACCGAGCACGAGUUUUGGCGCCUGGUGAAACGGGAACGAAGGUGCUUUUCAUCGACUAUGGAAAUAAUGCGGAAGUCACGGAAAUUCGGGCUAUUCCCGAAGACGUCGCUUCUAUUCCUCCACUGGCGAGGUGGUGUUCUCUUUUGAAACCGUAUUAUGCGACAAAAUGGCCGCAAGGGGCUUUUGAUACUUUCUGCGAACUCUCGGCUGAUGGGGCGACUAUCUUUUUACUCGACGUGCUUGUCGAAGCAGAGACGGCGAUUGUUAAGCUGACGCUGGAGAAUGAAGACAUUGCCGAGAAGUUGGCACCUGCGGUGUCAAUUUGCGUUUCUAAUAUCAAUUCAACGGAGGAGUUUUGGGUGCAGAAGGAGAAGGAGAUUGAUGAAAUUGAGGGAUUGCAGGAGAAGUUGUUGGAGGCGGGAAAUUAUGGAAAAAUUGAUGAGAUCAAGGAGGGAUUGCUGUGUGCGGCGAAGUAUCCGGAUGAUGAGCAGUGGUAUCGGGGAAGAAUUGUCAAGCACAGUGGAAAUGAGACGGUGGUGUUGUUUAUUGAUUAUGGUAAUUCGUCGACAUGUACGGAAAUUCGGGAGUUGCCGAAAGAAAUUGCGGAGAUUGGAGCUUUCGCUAAGAAGUGCUCUUUGAAAUUGCCGUCGACGAGCGAUGAAUGGUCGCAGACUGCUUUCAAUGAUUUUUGUAAUAUUUCCGGCGACGGAGCUGUUGCACUUCUUCUCGACGUUAUCGAGGAGAAUGACACGGCGGUGGUUAAUCUAUUCUUCGAAAGGGAAAAUAUUGCGAAAAAAUUGAUUUCCAAGAAGGAAAAAACUGCGGAGAAGUUGACGACGAUUGAGGAAGAUGUUAAGGAACAGGAGGCUGUACCGGAAGUCGAAUCUGCUCCGGAAAAAGAAACUGCUCCUAAAGAGACUCCUAAAGAGACUGUUCCUGAAGAAAUUGUUCCGAAAGAGACUGUUUCGAAAGAAACUGUUCCCGAAGCAAUUGUUUCGAAAGAAACUGUUCCUGAAGAAAUUGUUUCGAAAGAGACUGUUUCCGAAAAAACAGUUUCUGAAGAGUCAGUUCCGGAAGCUGCUCCCCAGCAAAAAAAACUCGAAAUACAAAAUAAAGUCGCUUUCAUCAGUCAACUCAAUUCCCUCCAGGAAUUUUGGGUCCAACGCGAAGAUCUGUCAGACGACCUCUACAAUCUUGGUUCUGACCUCGAAGUCCUUGAGAAAGAUCCUAAGAUCACGGAUCCAAAAGAAAGUUCAGUCUACGCUGCUCUAUUUCCCGAAGAUGAGGCGUGGUACAGAGGAAAAGUGAUUUCUAAAAAUGGAACCGAAACGGAAGUGCUUUUCAUCGACUACGGAAAUACGUCAUUAGUGAAAGAGCUGCGGGAAUUGUCAGAAGAACUUAAAAAAUUGACACCAUUCGCGAGAAAGUGUUCUCUAAAAUUACCAGAAAAUUUAUCCGAGUGGCCUAAAGAAGCUCAGAGUCAAUUAUGCGAAUUUUCUGCCGAUGGUACUUGUGCUUUCACUGUGCAAGUUCUCGAGGAAGGUGAUCCAGCUGUCGUUGACCUGAAACUAAAUGACGAAAGCGUGACGGAAAAAUUACUGGAAUCGAUCCGAGCAAGUGGAAAAAUGACGGAAGAGAAAGAAGUAGAGGAGGAGGAGGAGAAGAAUGCUGACGAGAAGAACGAGGAAGUCACUCCAAAAAUCGAUGAUGUUCCUGCUAGUGUCGAAGAAACCGCUCAAGACGAUGGUACCAUUUUGCUGGGGAAUAUAAUUUCACCCUCUGAAUUCUGGGGACAAGUUGGUGGCAAUUUGGACAAUGUUCAACGUCAACUUUCAAAAGCCUGUGAGUGGAGGUCGCUUGAUGAUUUGACACUCGCUCUGGUGUGCGCUGGAAAAGUAGACGACGAAUGGCAUCGAGUUCGCAUUGAAUCGCUCAAAGAAAAGGAAGCCGAAGUUUUCCUCAUCGAUCAAGGUUACACUCGUAUUUGCACCCAAUUUCAUCAAUUACCAUCAAGCUUGGUUAACGAUCCACCACUCUCGAAGAAGUUCUCCCUACAAUUACCCAAGAACCUGAAGAAAUGGUCACAAGCCGCUACAACCGCUUUCUCGAAAUACAGCAAAUCAUCUCUCUCGAUGGAAAUUCUCGAAACUGGCGAAGUUCCAAUUAUCAAAUUAUCACUUAACGAUGAGGAUGUCGCUGAAAUUCUCGCCUCGAUACGCGACGAUAGUUCCCAUGCUCUCUCAGAAGGUAUCUCUGAAGAGAAUUCAACAAUGGCAAUAACUAACAUAAUCUCACCAUCAAUGUUCUCAGGACAGACGGAAAGUGAUUUAGCCAAACUCGACGAAGUGUACGAACAUUUAGCAAACGUUGAGAGUUUCCAUCAAUUGAAGAAUUUCGAUGUCGGAAGAAUGUGCGCCGCAAAAUUCCCAGACGAUGGCAAUUGGUAUCGAGCAAAGAUUCUCUCUCACUCUGAUGAUGCGACCGAAGUUAUUUACGUUGAUUUUGGAAAUAGAUCGAAAGUAACCGAAUUACGAGCUCUUCCUCAAGAUUUAAUUGAAAUGGAUUAUUUGUCAACUCAGUAUUCUCUUCGCAAACCAUCGGAUAUCGUCGAAUGGUCCAAAGAAGCUUGUGAUAAAUUUUUCGAUGUGAACGACGAUGGUGCUACUAGUUUCGAAUUUAAAAUACUCGAUCUUGAGAAGAAGGAAGUUGGGUUAAUUUAUCAAGGAACGGAUGUCGUUGAAUUAUUGUCUCCUCUUUGCAGUCGGGAAACAGUGGAAGAAAAGAGAGAAACGGAAAAAGAUGUAGACGAAAAAAAUGUCACUUCAUCUUCGGACAUUGUACCAGAUUCGGAGAAAGUCGCAUCAACCCCGGAAGUUAUUGACCUAACCGAGGAGAAUACUUCUUUGAAGGAGAAUGUGGACGAGAAGAAUGUCACCAUAUCAUCGGACAGUGCUUUUCAUUCGGAAAAUGUUGAUUCAUCACACGAUAUGGAGAAUAUAGAGAUUGAGAAAAAGAGUCAGGAAUUCUCCUCCACCUUUGAUGAGUCACAGCAGAAUGAUGAGUCAUUAAAAAGAGAGGGUUCUGAAAAACCACUCUGUCCGGAAUUGACACCUGAGGAUAUAAUCGCCCAAAUGACUCCCACAAUAAAUGAGAGUGUGGAUAUUGAUUCUUUAAAUGUAAAAGAGUCUGAUGCACCACUUUCGCCUGAAUUAACACCCGAUGAUAUAAUUGGCAAAAUGACUCCGGUACUCAACGACAGUGCGAUUGAUGAUAAUACACUUUCCGAAACUCAAGUGAGUGUUGACAACGCCGAGCAGAAAAGUAUUUGCGAAGCUGAAGACAACAUCGAAACGUCGUCAGUAACAUCCGCAAGCACCGCGUCAGAAAAAACAAUCGGCGAAUCUAAGGAAAGUAACGAAACUACCGUAACAGUCAUAAACUCAGAAAAUAUCAAGGAAGCACUUCCCGAAGUCGAGAUCAUCGAUAACUGCAAAUCUAACGAGGCUAAAAUUGGCACAGAAUUAGAAAAUCAAUCAACCGAUGAAUCGAAAAAUCUAGCUCACGAAUACGGGCAUCUAAUCACCGAAUGCUCCGUAGUGUUAAACGAUAGACGUCUGUCUCUACCACGCGAAGAAAAAAUUUUACCAGGCACCGUCUCUGGAGAACAAUCAUCAACCCUCGAGGAAAAAAAUCAAUCUCACAGCGUUAAUGAAUCUGUGCCAUUGAACGAAACAACCACCGACGACGAACUUGUCUCCGAAGUGUAGACAAACAAGUUUUCUGAAAAAGAAAGAAAACAUUCCUCGCUAGUUAUUUUCGAAUUUUAAAAUCCCUUUUUUUUUAUUUUUCAAAGAAAUUUUUUUUUUACACUUGUGCGGACAUUUAUUGUCUUACCAAAGAAAUUCGACUCUAUAUUAGCGAUCGACGUAAUUUUUUUUACUCAAAAUGCUUUUCUUACUUUUUUGUUUCAUUAACACAUAUGCCAUAGAAUUAUUCUUAUUAUUAAUAUUGUUAAUUUAAUAAUUAAAUGCCUGGCGCAUUUUCAUUAUUUAUUCAAAAAAAAAAUCAAGUUUAUAUACUAUUUAGGAAAAAAAAUUAGUUGGCGAGAACGCAAAAAACAUAAGACUUGGAAAAAAGUGAGAAAUAUUUUAUUUUUUUUAGUUAUAUUUAUAUUUAUAUUGUUCACUAGAGUUGGAAUUUUUUUUAUAGUCCAUUUUUCCAAAUAUAGAUCGAUGAAAAAACAGUGAUUUUUUUUUUUAUUUUUUCGAUCGUCAAUAAAAACCUAAACAAUUCUCAGUAGAAAAAUGUAAAUAAAGUUUAGGAAUUUAAUUGAAAUAUUGGAAACGGUGAACUUAAAUAUAAGAAAAAUUAAUAUGCGAAAAUGUCAAAAAGAAAGACUAUAUUUUCUAAUUACAGUACUUGAAAAAAUUCGUUAGAAAAAAAAGUAAUUAAGUGCCAUGAUUUUCACUUACACUUUUGACUGUUAGAGACAAGAGUGAAAAAUGGCUAACAAAAAAUAGUAUUUAGGCCUCGUUUGUAAUUAUAUGUUUAUUGUAAAAUUUGUAAACUGUUGAGAGUUAAUUUUUUUAAAUAAACAAUCUGAUAUAAAGGA